AUGCAUUUGAUGACUAUUUGUCGGUUUGCCGAUUUGUUAUUCUCAUUUCCGGAUUUGGAAUUUGGUUCUUCAAGCUCAACUUUUAUUCUUCAUGGACUUGCCCUUCACGUCCCAUUUGGAGUAGUGAAAGCUGAAAGCUGCAUAACUGGGCACUUAAUUCAGGAAAGCGAUAGUGAGAUAGAAGGCCUUUAUGAUGCUGAGGAUGAACAUGAAAAUGAUUUAGAAGCGCCAGUAGAACCUGAAACUGUUGUUAAGAAGCCUCGUGAACCUUCGUUGUUUACCAAGGAAACUGAAGAGCAACUUUCAAAGAAGGAAUUGAAGAAAAAAGAGCUUGAAGCUGCUUUAGCAGAGCUAGGAUUGCAAAAAGAACCCAGAAGCCAGGCUGACUCCCAUGUCCUGGAAAAUUCAAGUGCUGAGAAGAAGGUCGAGGAUCGCAAUGGUGAGUUAGAAAAGAAGGAGAAUGCCACCAGUGAAAGCAAAAAUGCAAAGAAGAAGAAGGACAAAUCUUCAAAGGAGCAGAAAGAAUCGCAAAACCUGCCUGAUUCUGUGGCUGAUGGAAAGACAACUACGGAAACUGCUGGAACGGGGAAGGCAGAGGAUGCACCUGUAACUGACGUGAAAGAGCGGCAUAAGAAAGUUGCAUCUGUGAAGAAGAAAAAAUCAAGGAGAUGGAUGCUGCUGCUAGGAGUGCAAGGCUUGCCGUGGCAAAGAGAAAAGAUAAGGCGACUCACUACAAUCAGCAGCCUGUGCGGUAAACAGGCUGACAAGUGGCAAAGUACUUGUAUCUUCUCUUUGUUUAUCCUUUUGUUUUGGCCUUUAUAUUUUCAGUCUUUCCAUUAUCAUAUAUGGGCAUAUGCUCUUUGUUCAUUUGCAAAUGCAAAAUAAACAUCGAUAGCGGCUUUAGAUAAAUUGACUAUGAGCAAAUUUAUAAUUUUACAUGAGGGAAAAUAGGAGUAUAUGAAUCUUUCACUCUGGUACUCUAUGUGUACUUAUCAAAGUUUUGAAACAAGAAGGUAUAAUCCAUUUUUCUGUCCCAUUUGUUUCAUUGUAUGCGCAUCUCCGAGAAAAUUCUUGAUGAUGUUCAUCUGAUAUGCCGUUAGAAUACAUCAACGCAUUU